AUGAAGUUUCUAUUUUUCCCCAUUUUUGUAAUUGUUUGCGUCGAAUUUUCCGAAGAAAGUAUACCUGAAGACAACAAGGGAUUGGACGGUUUGUACCAAGGUGACAUACUACUCAACAAACAGCAGGAAGACGACUUGCGAACCUCAAAAGCAAGGGGCGCGGGUCUGCACCUUUGGCCAGGUGGCGUGGUUCCAUACGUCAUAUCCCAUGAACUUGCGAGAAGUGAAGUUUUGGUUCGAACGCUAAAGAACAUAAUGACAGAAUGGGAAGUGCAAACUUGCAUUAAGUUUAAAACGAAGACUGUAGAGAAAGCUUACAUCCGCUUCAUAUACGGAAAAGGAUGUUACUCAUACGUGGGUUGUCAGGGCAACGAGCAGACAGUUAGUCUUGGUCCAAACUGCUGGGCAUUAGGAACUUUGCGGCAUGAAUUAGGACACGCGCUUGGGUUCUUUCAUGAGCAAGCGCGCCCUGAUCGAGAUAUGUACAUCAACAUUGAAAAGGAUAAUAUCCAAGCAGGAAAGGAAUCGAACUUUGACAAGUUGACGCCCGCUCUGCAGCAGUCUUGGAUGCCCUUUGGCACUCCAUAUGACUACUUUUCCAUCAUGCAUUUCUCUCCGUUCGCAUUCACAAAAGACAAAAAGCCAACAAUUACUGCCAAAGACAACAGGGUAUCUCUCCGUUACCUUGGUCAGCGGGAUUUCAUCAGUUACUUGGACCUGCAGCAAAUGAAUUUAAUGUACAACUGCCCGGGAAAUGCUGUCGGCUACUUGGACACAAUUUGCGAAAAUUAUAGCCGACAAAUUAUUUGCUAUGGCGGAAGAAAAAUCAGGAUCACUUACGCCAACUACGGAAGGAAGUAUUCAUCAAAAUGUGGAUUUAGUUUCAACAGGAACUGCAUCAGCCCCACUUCACUUAAAAAGGUCAGUCAGACAUGUAACGGUCGAUCAUCGUGCCUCCUCAAAGCAUCAGACAAGGAAUUUGGUGAUCCAUGUCCCUUCACUAAAAAGUACCUGGCUAUUCGAUACGAGUGUCAUCCUUGA